AGGCAACAACGUGGGUUCAGUGCAGUUCACCUGUGUGUAGUAAUAGUGUUAUGUGUGACCUGCGUUUUGUCUACCAUUUACAAUGCAGAUAUCUAGUGUGAAUGAUGUCAAGAUUUACAAUUUAAGCUACGGAAAAUCUCUCCCAGAGUGGUUGUCAGAUCGAAAGAAAAGACAGCUUCAAAAGAAAGAUGUCGACAUCCAGCGCAGGAUUGAGCUCAUCCAGGACUUUGAGAUGCCCACAGUGUGCCAUUCUAUCAAAGUGUCCAGGGAUGGGCAGUACAUCCUGGCAGCAGGCACUUACAAACCCAGGAUCCGCUGUUAUGACACGUAUCAGUUGUCCCUGAAGUUUGAACGCUGCUUGGAUUCAGAUGUUGUGGCGUUUGAUGUCUUGUCUGAUGACUAUUCUAAGUUGGUGUUCCUACACUGUGACCGCUACGUAGAGUUCCACUCCCAGCACGGACACUACUACAAGACACGAAUCCCAAAGUUUGGGCGAGACUUUUCCUACCACUAUCCCUCAUGUGACCUCUAUUUUGUAGGCACAAGUUCAGAGGUGUACAGACUGAAUCUGGAACAAGGGCGCUUCCUUAACUCACUUCAGACAGAUGCAGUGGAGCACAACGUGUGUGACAUCAACCCUGUCCAUCACUUAUUCGCAACAGGAACCUCUGAGGGACGGGUCGAAUGCUGGGACCCCCGUGUACGGACUCGCGUUGGCCUGCUGGACUGUGCCCUGAGCAGCCUCACUGAGGGAACAGAGGUUCAGGCUUUGCCGUCAAUCAGUGCUCUGAAGUUCAACGGCUCUCUAACCAUGGCAGUAGGCACCAGUACAGGGCAGGUGCUGCUGUAUGACCUGCGCUCCAGUCAGCCGCUGUUGGUUAAAGACCACUUCUACAACCUGCCCAUCAAAUCCCUCAACUUCCAUGAUCAGCUGGACCUGGUUGUGUCUGCUGACUCCAAGAUCAUCAAAAUGUGGAACAAAGAUACUGGCAAAGUGUUCUCCUCCAUACAGCCUCAGGCCAACAUCAAUGAUGUUUGCAUCUAUCCUCACUCAGGUAUGCUCUUCACUGCCAAUGAAGAUCCCAAGAUGAACACGUUCUACAUUCCGGCUCUGGGCCCGGCUCCUCGCUGGUGUUCCUUCCUUGAUAAUCUGACAGAGGAGCUGGAGGAGAGCCCGGAGAGCACGGUUUAUGACGACUACAAGUUUGUCACCCGGAAGGACCUGGAAAAUCUGGGUUUGUCUCACCUGGUGGGAUCCUCCCUCCUGAGAGCCUACAUGCACGGCUUUUUCAUGGACAUCAGGCUUUAUCACAAGGUCAAAAACAUGGUCAAUCCUUUUGCAUAUGAAGAGUAUCGUAAGGAUAAGAUCCGCCAGAAGAUCGAGGAGUCCAGGACCCAGAGGGUGCAGAUGAAGACGCUGCCCAAGGUGAACAAGGAGCUGGCUCUCAAACUGAUGGAGGAGGGUGAUGACGAAGCAGAGCUGGCUGCCAGGAAAAAGAAGGGCAAGGCUCUGCCCAGCAUCCUUGGCGACGACCGCUUCAAGAUGAUGUUCGAAAACCCAGACUACCAGGUGGACGAGCAGAGCGAAGAGUUCCGCCUGCUCAACCCCAUCGUCUCAAAGGUUGGCCAGAAGAGGAAGAAGAAGCUGCGUCUUCUGGCUCAGCAGGCCUCCGCAUCCCAGCAGGAGGCCGAAGAGGAAGAUGAAGCUGAGGGCAGAGCCAGCUCUGAGGAGGAAAGUUCAGAUGACGACAAGAGCUGGGUGGAGGAGGUGAGGGAGCAGAGGAGGUUACUGCAGCAGGAGGACCGAGACCGGCGGCGGCAGGAGAGGAAGGACGCCGACCGAAACACUGUUCUGCUGGAGAGGGAGCAGAACGGCGGGGAGAAGACCUCAAACAUGGCCGACAGCAAGAAGAAGAGUCAGCCUGAGUUUUAUCAGAUUAAAGCCGGGGAAGAAUUCCGCAGUUUUAAUGACGUGGCCCGCAAGCAGAAACUGCAGAAGGCUUCUUUGGAGGACCGUCUGAAACUGGAGGAGAACUCUGGAACUAACAACACGGCCGAUAACGCAGUGGGAAGCAAACAGCUAACUUUUACUCUGAAAAAGUCGGAGCAGCAGAGGAAGCAGCAGCAGGCAGAGCGGGAUCACCACGAGGAGAGGAAGAAGCUGAGGCGUUCAGCCGGACACCUGAGCAGUGCCCGCGGGAGAGGCUGGGGCGGCAGAGGAAGAGGAAGAGGAAGGUACUGAGGAGACCAGCUCAAUCCAGGACCUGAAGCCUCAGUCCUCUGUCAGCACAACAGACCAGCAAAGUUUAACUGAUGACGCCUCAGAACUGAUUGACAUCAGCGAGAGGCUGGACAAAACAGACAGACAGACCUGCACUGGUCCUGGGUGGUCUUUACCAUGUGUUUAGGUGUAUUCUAAAAAUUCAGUGCAUAUUUAAAAUGAUUGCUUGUGUGUAAAUAACGCCCGUGUUAUUAUCUAAAACACCUCAAAGCACUGUUCCAGGAAAAAUGGAUAUGUAAAGAGUUCAGAGGGACUGUUGUGACUCGUCUCGUCUCAGACGCCUAGUUUCUUAUAAUGACUCCUCAGUGGAGCCUACAAUUUCAGUUUAAUGGAGGGGAGAAAAUAUGUGUAUAGUAUAUUUUUAACACUCUUUAUUAUUGUGUUUCUGUUAAUCCAACACUGGGAUAACAGUACUUGUACUAUAUUAUAUUUGGUACAACACUUGCU